CACUAACCUUACCACAUGAGGUCAUCAGCCUCCCUGACCAAACUGGUCGCCCCCCCCUUCCUGAAAUCAAACAGCCUGACUAAAUAACAGGACAAGACUUUUAUGUAGUUAAUAAUUAUCCUAACAUUAUGAGACCACACUUUCAACAUAACACUAUUAUAUAAAGCAGCAUCCUGACGGGAAAACAGUCAUAAUACAACAGAAUGAAGAUCUCAGUGAGUUUUACACUGUUGCUGCUGCUGCUCGGCUCCGUCUCCGCAAGUGAAGGUGUUGAAAUCCAGCCGACUUCUCCUCCAGACGUCUACGCUGAGCUGAGAGAGAUAACCGCCUCGUUGGUUCAACUAAAGGCGGACAUGAGAUUCCUGCAGACUCAAGAACAAGCAGCACAGCAGAAGGCUGAAGUGGACCAGCUGAAGACUGAAGUGGACAAGCAGAAGACUGAAGUGGACAAGCUGAAGACUGAAGUGGACAAGCAGAAGACUGAAGUGGACAGGCAGAAGACUGAAGUGGACAAGCUGAAGCAACAACAGCUAGUCCAACAGGUUGCAUUCUCAGCGUCUCUGGGUGAAUACGAAUCAGUUACUAUUGGACCCUUUUCCUCGGACACUACCGUGAUCUAUAAACACGUCCAGACCAACAUCGGAAAUGCCUACAACCCAACCACAGGUGAGUUCACUGCCCCGGUGAGAGGAGCGUACCACUUUGAGUGGACGGUCGUUGCACACGGAGAUCGCAACUAUCCUUCAGGUGGUCGGUUGUUCAAGAACUCAGAGAGACUUUUCGCGGCAUACGAGAAACAGGCGGAAGGUUUUAUGAGUUCUUCUAAUGGCGUCACGCUGCUGCUGGAGGUGGGAGACAGAGUGUUUGUGCGUCUGUGGGGUAAGGCGUAUGACAAUGUAAAUCACCAGACCACCUUCCGUGGCCAUCUGCUGUUCCCCAUGUAAGACAGAAACAGCAGCUCUGUGAUAGUCACACAGGUUGUUGUUGUCUUAAACAAGUCAAUUUUAAAGUGAUUAAUGAUCGGAUUCUCUUGUUUCUGUCAUUUUAAUGAAAUAAACAUAUGUCAUUGCAAUUA